CUACAUGGAGCGGGUACCAAUUCUCGAAUAUUCGAGAUCCAGACGGCUGCCAUUCGGUAUGAACUGGGCGAUAAUCACAUCUAUGAUUUUGUUGAAGGAACCGUUCCUUCCAAGAUGCAGCCAGGUAUUGACGUGGUGGCUUGGAAGGAUGAACCAGUGUAUGCCUACUUCGAUGAGCACAACCCCCAAACUGGGUUUGCGGCUUAUCACUAUUUGGAAGAACACCUUCUUGAAGAGGGGCCCUAUGACGGGGUCAUCGCAUUCAGCCAAGCAGGCACGAUGAUCCUCACGUACCUGAUUCAUCUUGCCAAGCAGGAUCCUCGGGCUGAGAUGCCAUUUAAGUUUGCAAUUAUCCUUUCGAUCAUCCAUCCCCCUCUGGAUUACGAAGCUCUUCAGAAAGGUCGUGUGAUGACUGUUGAUCUUGAAGCUACCAAAGGCAUUAUUCCAAUUCCAACGGCCCACAUUUGGGGCUCACUAGACGAGCCAGCCAGCCGGGUAGCCACGUCAAAUACUGUCUGCAAGGCUGAGGUGAGAUGGGUUGUCGCGCUGGGUCUCUUCUUGGCCACCGCUGAAAUUACAGUCAUCAGCACAUCGCUUGUCACCAUCAGCGAACGCCUUGAAGGAGGCGAUCAAAGCAGUUGGGUCAUCACAUCAUACCUCUUAACCUACACCGGAUUCCUCGCGCCUUGGUCUAAAUGUGCGCUUGCUUUUGGUCUCAAGCCAACCUUGUUGGGCAGUCUGCUCCUAUUCAUUGCUUUUUCCGGGGGCUGUGGUGCCGCCCAAAGCAUCGACCAACUGAUUAUCUGCCGCGCUUUUCAAGGGAUCGGUGGCUCCGGACUUUUCGCGCUUGGACUAUAUACCCUACUGCGCAUUGUGUCUCCGAACAGAUUUGAAAUUGCCAAUGCCGUGGGGUCCUGCGUGCUGACUUUCGCCCUUAUCUUAGGAUCGCUGAUCGGAGGUGGCAUUAGCAGCUCCAGCUCGUGGCGCUGGGUUUUUCUCUUCAACGUGCCUGCGGGAGGAUGGGCGUGGGUUAUGCUCUGCCUGUUCUUUCCGAAGAACUUUCCUCGAGGAUUAACAAGUCGUUCUGCGCAGAGCAACUUGCAUCAAUAUCUAACCCAGGCGGACCUGUUAGGAUAUCUGCUCCUUCUAGGAUUUUCCCUGCUGCUAGUGGCCGCCUUGGAGGAAGCCAACGUUCGCUAUGCCUGGUCAUCGGGGGUCAUUAUCGGGUGUUUAACCGGUUCGGGUGUCCUUCUGGCGGCCUUUCUGGCGUGGGAGUGGAUCCUCAGUGGCCGGAAGCACGUGCGCAUAGAGCCAAUGCUGCCAUGGCGGUUGUUCAAAAGCAGGGUGGUGUUGGGAAUCAUCAUGUUAGUGGAUACGUCCCCUCUCCGUCCCAUAAUGGUCAUCUAUGGCUUCUUCUCAACCGGACCUGCAAUCACUAUACUAUACAUCGAGUUGCCCCAGAGAUUUCAAACGGUCAAUAACUUCACCCCCAUUGAGGCGGGUCUCCGAGUUCUUGCCUUUGGGGUGGGAUCCCCUGCGGGGGCAUUUUGCUGCAGCGUCCUCGCCGGUCGCUUGAGAACCCCGUUUGUGCAUCUGACGCUAGCUGGGUCCGUGCUACAGAUAGUGGGGGCCUUUCUGCUGUCUUCCGUGCCUCCCACUGUGGACGCCUGGCCGGGCGAGUAUGGAUACAUGGUUGUGACUGGUCUGGGCACCGGGAUAUCCAUCGCUGCCCUGUAUAUGGCGGUUCCCUGGGUGGUCAGACAUCGUGAACAAGCCAUUGUGAUGGGCUUGACCCUCCAGGCACGCAUGUUGGGUGCCUCAUUAGGCAUCGCUAUUGUGAAUAGCAUUUUGACCAAUUACGUCAAGGGGCAUCUCGCGCCCGCUGAGGCUGCUGCAGACCCGAAUCACCUCACGGGAUUGCCGAUGAGUGUCCAGGAAGCGAUCCGGACCGCCUAUGCACAUGGCUAUAAUCGUCAGAUGUACGCAGUGGGGGCUUGCGGCGUGGUCCAACUGUUCGGUGUGGCACUGAUGUGGAAGAAAGACCAAGUCCGCUUCGAUCCUCAAGCGAAGACAACUUGGGUGUAUGAUCACGAGACCGAUCAGAACUCUGUGGAAACUUGA